UAUCACUUCGUUGACCCUGACGAGGCCUUGGAUUCCGCCAUAACCUCGCGGUCUUCUCUGCAAACUCUUCAGCGCAUGUGUCGGGGACUGACUGAGAGGCCUGCCCAAAAGAGGAUCCAAAAGUGCAGUGCAGUGCAGUGCAGUGACAUGUUGUAAUUGAGAGAUAGAGAGAGAGAGAGAGAGAUAGAGAGAGCGUGCAAAAAUGGCGGGUGGAGGAUUUGUGGAAGCAGGGCAAUUGAAGAGGGCUCAUCUUUAUGAGUACAGGAUCACUGGGUAUUUCGUAUUUGCUUGCAUCAUUGCAGCUCUUGGAGGAUCUCUUUUCGGGUAUGAUCUGGGUGUUUCGGGUGGAGUGACCUCCAUGGACGAUUUCCUGAAGGAGUUCUUCCCAAAAGUGUACCGGAGGAAGCAAAAGCAUCUGCACGAGACUGAUUACUGCAAGUACGACAACCAGAUCCUGACGCUAUUCACUUCUUCUCUCUACUUUGCGGGCCUAGUCUCGACCUUCGCCGCAUCGCACGUGACCAGAAGUAAAGGCAGAAGAGGUAGUAUCAUCGUGGGAUCGAUCAGUUUCUUCUUUGGAGCGGUCCUCAACGCAGCUGCUGUUAACAUAUGGAUGCUGAUCUUCGGUCGCAUAUUGCUCGGCGUCGGCAUUGGAUUUGGAAAUCAAGCCGUCCCUCUAUAUCUCUCGGAAAUGGCACCAGCAAAGAUCCGAGGGGCAGUGAACCAGUUGUUCCAACUAACGACGUGCCUGGGGAUAUUGAUAGCGAACCUGAUAAAUUAUGGGACUGAGAAGAUUCAUCCUUGGGGUUGGAGACUGUCUCUUGGCCUUGCGACGGUCCCCGCGGUGCUCAUGUUCGUUGGCGGCCUGUUCCUCCCCGAGACUCCAAACAGCCUUGUUGAGCAAGGCCGGGUGGACGAGGGGAGGAAGGUGUUGGAAAAAGUGCGUGGCACCAAGAAUGUGGACGCGGAGUUUGAGGACCUCAUCGAGGCAAGCGAGGCUGCACAGGCCAUCAAGCAUCCGUUCAGGAACCUCCUGAAGCGCAAGAAUCGGCCCCAGUUGGUGAUUGGGGCCCUUGGGAUCCCCGCCUUCCAGCAGCUCACCGGCAUGAACUCCAUCCUCUUCUACGCUCCUGUGAUCUUCCAAAGCCUGGGGUUUGGCUCGGGGGCUUCUCUGUACUCGUCCGUGCUGACCAGCUCGGCAUUGGUCCUUGCUGCACUGAUCUCGAUGGCCUUUGUCGAUAAGUUUGGCAGGAGGGCUUUCUUCCUAGAAGCUGGCACCGAAAUGAUAUGUUACUUGGUCGCCGUGGCUAUAACCUUGGCGCUGAAAUUUGGACAAGGAGUGGUGCUGGCCAAGGGGAUCGGAGUCUUCCUCGUGGUCAUCAUCUGCCUUUUUGUGCUGGCCUAUGGGAGGUCGUGGGGACCGCUGGGGUGGCUCGUGCCAAGCGAGCUCUUUCCCCUCGAGACGAGGUCGGCAGGCCAGAGUGUGGUUGUGUGUGUUAACCUCUUAUUCACGGCGUUGAUCGCCCAGUGCUUCCUCGCCUCGCUCUGCCACCUCAAGUACGGGAUUUUCUUGCUGUUUGCGGCAUUGAUCGUGAUCAUGAGCUGCUUUAUCUUCUUCCUCUUGCCGGAGACAAAGCAAGUCCCAAUAGAGGAGGUCUACCUUCUGUGGAAGAGUCAUUGGUUCUGGAAGAAUUACGUCAAUGAUGAGCACGUCACUGGAGUUGGAAAAUAAAGCACCAUCAAUUUGGUAUAUUUCAAAGAAAAUUGUCUAGUCCUCUUGUCUAUAUUCUAUAGUUUCGUAAUAAGGUUUGAUGUGGUAGAGGGUUCUCGGUACUUCUAAUUUUUCAUGAUUUUAUACUUAAGCUUUUCAUAGUCUUCCUGGAUAGUGUAUUGUUAUCAUUCAUAUUGGAAGAAACUAUGUUCACAUGGCUCGUCGAAAAAUUAAUUGGCAAGUUCAAACUCUUGAGUUA